CCAGUAACGUCCAAUCUGAUGGAGGGAGCGCAGCUGAAGCUGAAGCUGAUGCAGGCAGCACCAGUAACGUACAAUCUGAUGGAGGGAACGAAGCUAAAGCUGAUGCUUGUAACAAUUGCGAUCAUCACAACGCUAACAUAAUAGUUGGUACGUCGACAUCACCAUCAUCCUUAAAUGACAAUGAAGAUCAAGAUAAAUAUUUCAGUCAUCCAGUGCCACAAAGACCUUGUUUUUCUUUAUUCAUCAUUUAAGAAGUAAACAACACAAAUGUUGUUUCAAAACACUGGACUGGACCAAUGUCAUUGUGCAAGGCAUUCGCAGUGUACACCCGUUUUGCAGUUUUGCAUUCAAAUGACAUACUGUGAAAGCAGCUGGGUCUGUAAGAACUGGCCCUCUGUUUUCUUGUGCUGGGUAUUGUCGUUUUAAAGAAUGUCCCGUUGAAGUGUUUGUGAAAGUUAAUAACGAGCUGUCUCUUAAGGCUACUGUGACUUUCAAAGGAGACAAAGUGUGGCACAGUUGCAAUGUCUUAAAAAGACGGCCUGUACGUGCCAAUGACAGAUCUACAACAGCAGAUGUCCUAACCACGAAACUACCACGUAGCCUGUACUUAGAUAAUUUAGGGAAGCUGGCUGAGAGUGUGGUAGAUUCAGGUUGUAGGGACCAAGUUCCAACUCCAGGCACACUGAAAACUUUGUCCUGGGACAACAAAAGAAAAAAAGGAGUCAUACUAAUGAUUUAUUAAGCUUGCAAAAAAUGCAUGAAGAAGAGCAGGGAUCCCAGGAUACCAUAAUACAAAAAAUACAAAUGCAUCCAAAAGGAGUAAUGCUGUGGUCUAAGAAGAUGCUGUGCCUCUUUUAUGAGCGGUGUAGGGAUGAUAUCGUUUACUUGAAUGCUACUGGGAGCAUUAUUCAAAAAGAAAAGGGUCGCAGUGCACCAUUCUACGUGUAUGAGCUAGUGGUGCGACAUCCUUCAAAGGGAUCAUCCCCUGUGCCAGUAGCGAUAUAUGUCACAAAUGACCACACAACUGUGUCUGUGUCAUUUUUCUUGGCCUCAUUUGUGACAGACCUAAUAAGACAACAUGGGCUGAGAAUUAAAAUAAGGCCUGUCAUGUUUAUUUGCGAUGGCUCCAUAGUUUUACUGCAGUCACUGUCCUACAAUUUCUGUGGAGUCAGUCUUCAGAAGUUGUUGAACAGAUACUACAAUAUCAUGACAGGCCAGGCCCCGGAGGAUUCAAUUCGACUCCCAAUACUGCAUCGCUGCCUGAGCCAUGUAAUGAAAAAUGCCAAGGACCUUUGCAAAAAACAUGCCCCAAAACAUUACCACCUAGCAAUGCAUACCUUCGGUGCUAUGGCUCAGGCCACAACAAUUGAAGAGCUUGAAGAAAUCAUUGUCAGUGCUGCUGUUGUGUUCUCAAGUUCCCACAGUGGCCAAAAAGUUGACAAACAUUUCAAAAACCUUCAGUUGAUAAUGACACAAGGAGGAAGAACUGACAUUGAGGACUCAUCCAUUGUGGAGCUGGAUUUUAUGAAUGAUGUGGGAGUAACAUCAUUCCAACGAGUGAUUAAGCAGGAGGAAGGAGACAAGGACGGUGAGCCCAAUAUGUAUCUUAGUCCAACAUUCAUUCCUGCAUUAACAAAGUUCUUCAUACCUCAGGCUGCCUUGUGGACUGGACUACUCUUGGGUGAUCUUGGACGUCAUGGAACAGGGCCAGUCUAUGAAAAAUUUACACAGAGGUUCAACAGAGCAGCUCAGAAAACAACCCAAAAUUACUCUCAAGACAACCACACACAGGGCAUCAUGGAGAAAAGUCAGUGGGACCUUAAGAGGAUACGUUUUCAAAGAAGACGGCUUACCCGAUUGGAUGACUUUGUGGUGACUUACAAGAUGACCCUGAAUGGUCUGUUGAGAGUUCAGAGAUUCAUUGAAGGGCAAGCAAAGGAGACAUCAUGUAGAUGAGGAGGAAUGGAAACAAAGGAGACAGAGGAAGCGAGGUGUCUAUGUGAGCCCUUUAGUCAAACCCUUUGUAAUGCAAAAGAUGAAGACCUCUGAGAAAAAGAUACAAACGCAGACACUCACCAAGGAAACAGGAGAAGAGGCCCAUCAAGAUGACAGAAAUGGACAGUACGUUGAUGCAGACCAAAGUAAGGCCUAUCUUGUGGAUCCUGCAAAAAGUGCCAAAGAACUGGUAGAGUCGGAGCAAGCAGCGAAAAGACUGCGUAACUAUUUCAACAUAAGAAGGGCAUGCCACAGCAAAACUGACUGGGUGGAUAAAAAAUGGAAGUAGGCCAUUAUGCAUCACCCAGGUCAGAAAGAUAGCAGUAGCUGUGGGGUCAUUGUGAUUAUGAUGGCCAGGUUAGUGAUGGAGGCCUUCCCAAAUAUGCCAAGUAUGGACUUCAAAACGACAAGAAAACAAAUGGCACAAGAACGCACAAACAUAGCUUGUGAGAUAUUACACGCUUCUGUGUUCAACACAGACAGUAACUGUGCUAUGUGCUCAACCACAAAGCCACCAGGAUCAGGACCAGCCUUUACAGACUGGGCAAAGUACUGUUUUUGUUUUCAGCAACAGAGGCUUGUUAUGAUUGUGUUUUCUGUAGUGUUUAAAUAUUACAACAUGCAAGAAUUGGAACAGAGGGGGCAAUAACUGUGAUAAAACAAACAUAGAAAUAGUAAUGCGUUUGAUGAGAACAAAUAACGAUUUCAUUCUAAUGCUAUACAAUGGUCAUUCAUGUGCCCUUUUACAGAUACAGUGUGAUGGCUGUUGCCGGUGGUAUCACGCACAGUGCCUCAAACUAGAUAAAGACACCCUUAAAAAAGCAGCAAGUGAAGACUGGAAUUGCUGUCUUUGUACAUAAUUCAUUAGCCAUGAAAAACUAACAGGAUGUAUCCUAUCUGUCUUACCGCAUUUCUCAUUUUUGCAUAAAGUUGUAUUUGUGUUCCACACAAAUGUUGCACUGAA